AUGUCGCCUCCGCAACCGCUACCUCCCCUCCCGCUGAAGCCCACAUCAGCCUCGAAAGCAGCUACACCCAUGGCACGCACUACGUCUCUGUCCUCGGUGACAGCGGGGGACGAGAAGGACGCCGCCCUGCCGCAGUAUAGCGCAUCGUCGCAGAGCGUGUAUGCCACGACCCCCAUUCACUCGUUGCUCGGCACGCAUGUGGACUUAUCUCGUUUAUCGCACAUGGCUCAACUACUCAGUCGCGUGCUUGAGCGACAGCCGCUCAUCAAAGGCAGUGUCAAGUACCCUAUGAGCUUUACAGGGCGUACUCUUGUACAUACGAUCGCGGCUAUGCUUGUUCAGUUCAUUACGAUCUCGCCAAUUAUGGACGAUGAUGCUUCUAUCCUACCUGUGCAUGCGCACCAAAUGGCCCUGAGUAUAGCUCGUUCGCUAAAGACACAGCUGUUUGUCCACGAAGUGGACUGGGAAGAGCAUGUGCUCACAGACGAUGUCGAUGGCGUCUUUAUGUUGUUUUCCGACCAUUCCAUCAGCGAUAAGCAUGGCUCUGGACUCGAUUCGGCGCCUGGUUUGCCUGUGGACCAGUUGUUUCUUCGCGAUGCGACCUCCAGUGUCGCUCUCAGUGCGACGGGCGCUGCCGCCUGUGCAUCAGCGCAAUGGGACGAGCUGCCUACAGGCCUGAUGACACCUCUCACAGCGUGCUACAGUCCCACGUGUGCGCUUAGCCAUACGUCCAGUUGCUACGUUCCCAGCUGCCCCCGAUUCCGGCGUGGCUUCGUAUGUGGCAAAGAGGAAUCGACGCCAGCCUCUACGACAGCCCCCAUGCCCUUGGCAUGGGUCGAGACCGUGCCAGCAGAGAUUGUGGCGUCGCUCCCGAAAGACGAGGUAAAGCGACAGAAUGCGAUUCAUGAGUUUAUCCAGAAAGAAGAGAGCUUUCUGAGCGACUUGGCGCUUAUGAAGACGUAUGCACAGCGACUGCAAUCGUUAGCGCAGACAAGUCACUCGACGACCCUUCGCGUCGAUGCCCCACUGCGAGGCGAUACUCUUACAUCGUUUGUGGCUGAUGUCUUUGGGCUGGUCGACCCGCUGUAUCAACACAUUGCAGUGUUUGUCGACCGACUGCAUGAGCGCCAGCGGGAGCAGGGCAUUGUCGUCCAGACCCUGGGCGACAUUGUGGUUCAGUCCGCGUUGGAGUGGGCGGAUGCAUAUACUUCGUACGUCGCUCAUUACCCCUACGCACAGGCGCGAGUCAAGGUGGAGGCGGCGAGCAAUGCACGUAUGCAGCAGUUUAUCGAUGACUGUCGACGUGAUCCGGCGGCUCAGCGGCAUGCGUUGGAGCAUUUCCUGUUCCGACCACCAGCGCGUUUGCAGCGGUACCAUUUGCAUUUGGAGUCGAUCUGGAAACGAACGGCGGAAGCGAACGACGAUCGCGAGGCGCUGACUUUGGCGAUGCACAUUAUCGACGAGCAGUGCCGGAUCGCCCAAGAUGGCGUGACUGCCGCAGAGCAGCACUUGGAAGUCCGUGCGGUGUCGACGCGCCUCCAUUCCAAACGUCCUGAAAGCUUUGUGGAUAUGGAUCUCAGACAUCCCGAUCGCCAACUGCGUCAUCGCGCUACGGUGUAUCGUCGUCCGGACAACUUUGAGUUCGAGUGGACGGCGCUGGAGGCGAUUUUGUUCGACAACUACUUUGUUCUGGCCAAGCCCAAGAAAGAAGAAGAAGAGGCAGAAGAAACGGAAAGCAUGCUGCGUGAGCCCUCGCAUACGACCCCGCUGUUUGUGAGCAAAAGGCCCAUCCCUGUGUCAUGCCUCGAGGCGGGCGGGUUUCUUGACCCGCCCCUCGUUCGUACGACGGGAAGUCGGCGUGUAUGGCCUACGCCGGCCGGCGAGAUGUACGCUUUCUCGGUAUGGCAUCGUUUCCGACCGUCGGCGCCCAUGACAUUGUACGUGACGAGCAAGGAAGAGCGAGAGGCUUGGCGUACAGUCCUCCUACAAAGUGCCCAAGCCUACUGCCAUACCACGCCGUCGUUCCAUCGUGUGGAUGUGAGUGGGGACGCGUUUGCGCCUGGGCCGCAUGAACCGUUGCUAAGCUCGGCCACGACUCCACGUGAUGCAACGUGGACACCGACCCAAGUGACAUGUGUCACUACCUGGUCUCAUCGUGCCUCCGAUACCGUCUUGGUAGCGAUCGGUACCAAUGAGGGCGUGUGGUUCGGCCGGAGGGGCCAGCCUGCCUCGUUGCGCAAGGUGCUCUAUACCAAGCAUGUGACGCAAGUCGCGGUCCUCGCUCGACAUCGUCGGUUCCUUGUGCUGGCCGAUCGCACGUUGGUCGCCUACGAUUUGGAGGCCCUCGUACCCAGCGGAGGUCGCGCGUCGCCGAGUGUCGCGCCGAUUCGUUUGGGCGGUACACGCGAUGUUCAGUUUUUUGCGCUUGGCGAAACAUGGCAAGGGCCAAUGCUGGUGUACGCCAAGCGCAAGGCGACAGAGUCCAGCAUCCGCCUCUUGACCCCCAUCACGAUUCGUGUGCCGGGCACCGACGAAGACGUGCUUACGGGUUUCCACAUGCAACAGAAAUUUUACGUGUACCCGGAAGCGACGGGCAUUCAGUGUACACCGCAUGCGCUGGUUGUAUGCACGCCGCGGCAGUUCUACUUGUACCAUAUCGCCAAGGCGGAAUUGGUGCCCUACCCAGCACCACGGCAGCAUGACGAGGCGGCACAGGUCCUCCUGCGUGGAUGGGAUGGCGCACGUCCACUGGGCGCCUUUUCUGUACCGUCGGUGGGCUGGCUUUUGUGCUUUGAUCGUGGCGCGUACUUUGUGGAUGACGAUGGCCAGCUCGUCCAUGCCGAGCGCCGUAUGGUGUGGGAAGUGCCUGUGCAGUAUGUGGCCUACUCGGACGGCGUAGUGAUCGCCUGUGGCGAAUCGCUUCUGGAACUGCAUGACGCGCAGACAGGCCACCUCAUCCAGGUUUUGCCCGGUCGCGACCUCCGCCUCGUCUCGCGCAUCGAUGCAGCGGCCGAGCCAGCGCUCCUGCAAGCGCCGAUCCCGAUGGUCGUGGAGACACGUACAUCGACGCACCAUACUGAACCGGUGCCUGUAUCUACACAUAUCCAGCGCGUAUCUGCACUGGUGCGAACGCAUACCCAUGCCCCUGUAUCACAUAGUAUGACAAUCACGUAG